GAUCUCUCUCUCUCUCUCUUCCCCCAUUCCCCAAUACCCCCACUACUUCGUGGUUCUCCACAGUUAAGCUUUGCUUUCCACAUUUCGGAACCAAACUUUGGUCUCCCUUUCUCUAUAUAUACGCGCACACACAUAUAUAUAAAGCUUGUGUCCUAUCGCUUCAAGCAUUCAAUCAAAACCUCGCGCUGGUUUAGUUCUUUCCUGAUACACUGAUAUACACAUAUAUUCACCAUCGUCGGUGACGGUAUAGAGCAGUUUCAUUAAGGAGCUGUCAGUCGUGGUAUAAUAUAUCACCAUCAUGUCGAGCAGGAGAUCUAGAUCAAGGCAGUCAGCAAGCUCAGGGAUCAGUGAUGAUCAGAUCAUCGAGCUCGUCUCCCGCCUCCAACAGCUCCUUCCCGAACUCCGCCACAGGCGAUCUGAUAAGGUUUCAGCAAGCAAGGUGUUGCAAGAGACGUGCAACUACAUCAGGAGCUUGCACCGAGAGGUGGACGAUCUCAGCGAACGGCUCUCUGAGCUGCUCGCAACGAGCGACACUGCCCAGGCUGCGAUUAUCAGAAACUUGCUGAUGUAAUGGAAAUUAGCUAGAGAAGAGCCAUAAGGUUGUAUUAGUAAACUAGCUAGCUAAGAACUGUUUCCUUGUAUGGCAAGAUUAGAUCCUUAUUUUGAUGUAUCAUGCAUUAGCUAUCAUGCUCUUGGUGAUGUCGUCUCUCUUUGUCGGGACUAAUCUUUCUAGGGGUUUUCAUUUUUCGGUGCUUGCUAGCUAGCCUAGAAAUAUUGAAAUGGGUAAUUGCAGCUCAGUGAAGUUCUCGAUUAUCCUUUUGCAGACGUUCGUUUUGUGGUGAAACAUGAAAAUUUUGUAAUAAAAUUUGACUUCCAUUACU